UAAAAUAAAAUGGCAUAGUCCUACUCAAGACCAGUGUGUGAUUUUGAAUUUGUCUUUUGAUGUUUGAUUAAUAUUAAGCACACAGUUGCAGCAGGAAAAUAGCCUGCUGUCACUUUAAGAGUUGCACUGAUCCAAUUUACCGUUACAUGCGUAUUUUCAUUCUCAACUCUUUAUGUUCAUUUAUUACAUGACCGACAAAGAUGAAUGAUCACCUGUCACCGCAUUUUAACACAUUUUUGCGUGUAUUUGACCGUUUAGGCAUGUUUCACCUUGUAAAGAUGACUUUACAUGUCCGUGUUCUGUUCAUCUCUGAGCGCAUACAUCUUCCUGAGGAGCAGCACAAGUUCUUUUUAACGCUUUUAAAAACAUGAAUAAAUAUACUUCUGUAAAUCAAGCACGUCCCAUUUUGCAAAAGUCGUGUUACAUGACUUUACUGAUUUGCACAUGAAAUUGGGCUUUUAUGGAGGAACGAAAGAGCAGCGCUGGAAAAGGGGGUGGAAUGGGGUGCAAUAAUCGUUUUAUCUCGAUUAUUGUAUUUUGAUAAUCGUUGGAGGCCAAAAUCGAAAUCGAAACUGUUUUUCGAUUAAUUGCACAGCCCUAGAUAUCGCUGACCCUAAACUGAAACUUCCCACUUGAUUAACUCUCGAAAGUAUCAAAUUUAGUGGAAAAAAUAAGUCCAAAGCCUGUGCCCUCACUCCCAACUCUCUCAAGCCUUGUUUACUCUUGUACUCUUUACCUUGUUUACUAGUGUCUUGCAGCAAUCAUGCCACGGAUGCUAAACAUUGUUGCAAACUGUCUAGACUGAAUUAAACAUGCCAGACACUCUAUAGCAGGGCUAUUCAAUUGGCGGCCCACGGGCCUUAUCCAGCCCUGCAGUCAUCUUCACCCGGCCUGGGGGAAGAGUCGCACACACGCCUAGAAUUGUUUUUGCUCUAAUUAGUUUGUCCACAAGGUGGCAACACUGGCCCGGGCCAUUAUUUCACAGCCGAAAAAGAAAAGGAAGAAACUCACCGACAAGCGCUGAGGAGAUUAAGAGAUAUCCGCAACUCUAGUUUAAAUGAGUAUAAUGACCGUGCUAUCUGGACAAGUUGAUUGUCAAAUGGAGUUUGAAAGGAUGUGCGUUCGACUUACCUCAUAAACACGGUCUUAAAUGAGUCCUAAAUGACUGUAAAAUGUUGGGAGAAAAGCGAAUGUGUGUGUGUCAGAUCCGCCGCAUGUGCAUCAGGUUUUAAAGAGAUAGUGCUGCUUUUAAAUUGAAACCUGAUGAAGUCUGUCAUUGAUGUAAAGCAAAGAACAAAAGAAAAAGGAGAAAUCACUCCACUGCUCUAGUCGCUGAUUAACUUUGUAGUUUUAAUAAAGAUUAAUUUAUAUUCAUUUUAUAGUUUAUACAUAUAGGCUACAAUUUAUAGUGUAUGUGAAGACUGUUUUAAGUGUUGUAAGAUUUUUGGAAACUCAGUCAAAAUAUGUGUCUUUGUGAUAUACUGAUGCAAAAAGCACUUGAAGGGGUUCACAGGCAUAUUGUGUGAUAUUUGAAGAAGUUAUUAUGAUAUUAAUUAAAUGGAAUUUACACUAAACAUCAUCUGAAAGACUUCUUACUGUUCUUACUCUACUAACGGUUUUAGUUUUCAGUUUCAGGCAAAUUGUUUUUUGAGCCAAACUGUUUACCGUGCUGCACUUUCAGUGUAGCUACUUUAAUUUUUCCUAUGGUCUUCUGCUUUUAUAAUAUGGUUCCUUUCUGGGAUAUGUACUAAAUGACUUUCUGCAUUCUUUUCAAUGAAAUGUGACUUUCUGUAAGGCUGAAGAGUAACUUUCUUUCUUUAAAAAAAGAAACUGUGAAAAAGUGUCUCUGUGAUACUGAUCUGCUCCAUCAAUAUCAGUCUCACAGUGAGUACUAGCAGAAGAUUUUAUCAGAGUGAGUACUAACAGAAGUGAAAUGCUAUAAUUAUGAAAUAAAAGAAGAAGCCAACCAAUAAACAAACAAAUUCGGUUCUGUGCAAGAGAGAAAAAAAUAUAUAGUUUGGGCUAUAGGCCCCACAGCCCUGUGCUUUCCACUCCUCGAAAUCACUUGUCAUUUCAUCCAUUUCUCUUUUUUCAGUAACUAAUCUUUAUCCAAGAAUAGCUAUUACUACUCCAUUUUGUCACCAUUUCUGAACAUCUGUUCGUCUACUCUGUGCGUGUGUGUGGGUGAUUGACUUUCACAUACUGCAGACUUUUCUUUCACUUCCAUGAAAAUGUGCACAUGGUUAAUAUAAAUACUUGGACCUGGCAUUUUAUUUAGUUUCUUUGCUUUCCCUUCUGAAUGUAAAAGAUACACAGUGUUGUGGAGUUUUGGACUGCAAACCUUUGGCCAUGUUUGGACACAUGUUGUAUCUGGCUCUCAUACUGAAUCAGUUUAAUCAUUUUGCAACUUUACAUCCUGAAUUCUAUCCAUGUGAAAUUCACACUACCAAGGAUGGAGACAUAAAUGUGGACUGUCAGCGCAGACAUCUUGCUAACGUCCCUAAAUUCACAUCCCUCUCUGUUAUAUCACUCAACUUAAAUGAAAACCAUAUACACCACAUUAAAGGUGCCACAUUUUCUGGAUUAGCAAAUCUCAAGCAUCUCAGUUUGAUGUGGAACUGCAUACCAGAUCGUUUUAAGGAGCUGAGAUGGCCUUCAUGCAGCCUGAAAAUUGACCCUAAUGCGUUUAGCGGACUUAAAAACCUAACUUCCCUACAGUUAGCAGGGAACAGCUUGAAGACCAUUCCUCCUCUACCAAAGCAGCUUGAGAUUCUGGGACUGGAAUUUAAUCACAUCUUUCAAAUUGUUAAGCCUCUAGGUACACCGCUACUAAAACAACUAUUGCUAAACAAGAAUUGUUUCUAUGCCAACCCAUGUUAUCAGUCUUACUUUAUCGACCCACGUGUGUUUCAAGAUCUCCCUGAGCUUUUGAACCUUACACUGAGUUACAACAAUGUGACCAUUGUUCCACCAUAUCUUCCACUUUCACUAGAAAGCCUAGACUUGGGAGAGAACAAGAUCACGCAUAUCAAUAAAGAGUCUUUUGCAAAUCUUAAAAAUCUGCGACACCUUAACCUAGGAUGGAAUUGCCAAAGGUGUGACCAUGCUUCUGAGCCCUGUUUCCCAUGUCCUAACAACCAGUCUCUGAAUCUGCACCAGGAUGCAUUUUUGGAUCAAAGGGACUCUCUAAUUAGUCUAAGCCUGCGAGGCAAUUCACUGCAUACAAUUCCUCAGCAUCUCUUCAUACGACUCCACAAGCUCCAAGAGUUAGAUUUAUCUGACAACUUUUUAGCCUACGCCAUCCAGAACGGCACCUUUUAUGAAGAGCUCCGGAAUGUUGUGUCCCUCAGUCUUCUUUAUAACUAUGAACCCCUGACAUCCUUUUCUGAGUUGAUUCUGUCACCAUCCAUAGAGAAGAUGACGGCUCUACGAGAGCUGCACCUUAGUGGACUAUUCUUCAGAGUACUGUCAAACCACAGCCUUGCACCUCUGGUCAAGCUGCCAAGAUUUGAGUUCCUAGAGCUGCGAAUGAACUUCAUCUGCUCUGUUAGCAUGGAUGCCAUAAGCCAGCUGAGAACAUUAAGGUGGGUGGGGCUUUCCCAAAACAUGAUUGCUUUCAGUUCAUGCUUUUCAACCUGCACUAGUGAAGCCAUACCAAACAACUACCGAACCCUUGAAAAACGUGACAAUGGACAGCUCAACUUGCAAACUCAAAAAGUCAUCCUACCGACCUCAGAGCUGAAUACUAUGCAGGCCUCUGGAGAAGAUCACUGUUUUUUUUAUAAUUCUAUAUGGCAUUUCAAAAAGCAGAUCUGCUCUAAAAAACUGUUUUUUGACCUAUCUCAAAACAACAUCCCAUGGCUGAAUGCAAGUACUUUUAGAGGCAUGGAAAAAGUGGUAUGCAUAGAUCUGUCCUACAACUACAUAAGUCAGACUUUAAAUGGCCAGCAGUUCACACAUCUAAGCAAGUUAGCCUACCUUAAUAUGGCUAACAAUCGCAUUGACCUGUACUCUGACAAGGCCUUUCAGGAGAUAAGUGGCACACUAAAAGCUCUUGACCUCAGCAAUAACGAAUUCCACUUUGUAAUGAAGGGUAUGGGACAUCGCUUCACAUUCCUUCCACACUUAUCAUCUCUUAAAAUACUGAGUCUAGCGAACAAUCACAUUGGUCUCAGAAUCUCUAACAUUCUUAAUAGUACUUCUCUGAAGUAUCUUGAUUUCUCUGGAAAUCGUUUGGACAUAAUGUGGGACUCUAGGCGUAACCAAUACCUACAUUUCUUUCAGGGUCUUACUAACCUUACACACUUAGACAUUUCUGAAAAUCAGCUCAAAUCAUUCCCCCCAGAGGUAAUUGUAAACUUGCCUUCGAGCCUCCAGAUGCUGAGAAUGGACUCUAAUGUGCUUAGUUAUUUCCCUUGGGGCAACAUCUCAGUUCUCAAGCAGCUCUGCCACCUGAACCUUAGUUCAAACAUGCUUUCAUUCUUACCUAAUAUGCAUUUUGAGCUUCGUCUUGUAAGCCUGGACCUAAGUCACAAUCGACUAGUUGUGAUCCCAAAGGCUUUCCUUAGUCAGGCAAUAAACCUUAAAAACCUAAUGCUUAACCACAACCAGCUGAAGAUCCUUGAUGUGCAGGCUCUUCCCUUGUCAUUCCAUAAAGGUUAUACUUUCUGUCCUGCUGGGCCGCAUAAAAAUAAGUCAUCCUGCAAACUCGUGCUGCAUGCCAAUCCUUUUACUUGUAGUUGUGUAAUCUCUGGGUUUGCCAAAUUUCUCAGAGAAACAUAUUUGGAUAUCCCACACCUCACCACAGAGGUUCACUGUGGUUAUCCAGAGUCAUUGGCUGGUGUUAAUGUCCUCUCGAUAGAUCUUCACUCAUGCCAGGAGAUAUUUGGGAGUGUUGCUUUCCUGUGUACUUUAUGGUUGACAUUGGCAGCAACCAGCAUUCCCCUCCUGAAGCAUCUCUAUGGUUGGGACCUGUGGUACUGCAUCCAGAUUUUAUGGACUGGACAAAAGGGACACACUCCAGUUAAUGGCGGCAACAUGACGGAUAACCAAUACGAUGCAUUUGUGGUCUUUGAUACGAGUAAUAAGGCAGUCAGGGAUUGGAUCUACAAGGAGAUGGUUGUGAGAUUGGAGAACCGAGGGAGAUGGCGCUUUAGACUUUGUCUAGAGGAACGUGACUGGAUGCCUGGAGUGUCAUGCAUAGAGAAUCUCCACAAGGCCGUUUACAACAGCAGAAAGACAGUGUUUGUAUUGACUAGUCCUAAUGGCUGUUCCCACGAAAGUGGGGUCGUCCGACAAGCCUUCCUCCUGGUUCAGCAGCGCCUUCUAGAUGAGAAAGUGGAUGUUGCAGUUCUAGUUUUGCUGGACCUUCUCUUUCCAAAAUUCAAAUACCUUCAGAUGAGAAAACGGCUCUGCAAAAAAUCAGUUCUGUCCUGGCCCAAGAACCCACGAGUGCAGCCGCUCUUCUGGAAUAAUUUACGUGUCGCUCUCGUCUCUGACAAUGUUAAAGCCUACAACAAAAAUGUCACAGAGAGCUUCUUCUAAAAAAAAGUAAACAGCUGAAAAAUAAAAUUAUGGACUUUCAUAUCUAAAUAAAUACUUAUUCUUUAAGCUAUUUAUUAAUAUCAUAUAGGAAAGUUAUUUUCAUUCAUAGGUUAGCUGCCAUUGACUUCCUUUUACAUGGCACGGCUAUUUAUGUGAGACGAACAAGACAACAGUUUUUGUACACACCACCUGCAAGGGGAGUAAAUGUAUUAUGUUAUGUGGUGUGUGUGUGUGUGUGUGUGUGUGAGAGAGAGAGAGAGAGGAACUAAUGCACCUGUUGGACCACAUACCACACAUUCUUCUGAAUUUUAAGCAUUUGUACACUUUCAGUUUCAUGCAAUUACGUCAAAAAAUAGUGCCACAGUUUUUAUAGCGUAGAAACUCCUUUCACUUAUAAGAAAGCUUCUAAAAAUAAAUUUUAAGACAUGACUGUUUGCCGUUUUUGUUGUUGUAAUAGUUUAUUCAGAUGUCAUUAUGAUUUGUAAUAUCUGGUUGCAGAGGAUGUUAUUCCUUUUAAUGCAUGGAAAUUAUAUAAACAUUUUUUUGUGUCUGUUUGUAGAAUUAUUGGACCUUAAUUUAUUAUAACUUUUGUAAUUGAUUUGUAUUGUGAUUAUUUCAGCUGUGAUUUUGUAUAGUUCACACAUUGUAAAGUUCA